UGACUAUUUGAUAAUUGAAAAAAACUAAACACAACAAUCAUCUUCAUCUAGAGAUUACAGAAAAUGGCACAUAUGGAUGCCAAAAUUCGCAUUGUUUGUAAAAAUUAAAAAUAAUAAUGCAAUCGUCGAUUCAAAUCCUUGAUGCUCCAACCCGCACGGCUUCGGCCCUCAUUCGUCCAAUCUAUCUGCAAAAAUGGAGCAGCUGUGCACAUGGAAGCCAUACGGCCAAGGGCUCUGUUCCUCCAAAACGAUUGCUACAGGCUCUCAGGCGCUCUGCAUUGCCUGGGAAGUUGCUGUUGAAGAGAAUGCCUGGGAUUCGAAACCAGGCGGACAACGUUCCUCAGCGUAGAAAAUCAGACAUGAUGUCGCAGUUGGAACUUGAAAAAUCAAGUGCUUCUAUAACCAGGCGGAGACCUGUUAGUGCAGUGUUUUGGAUUCUGCUUCUGAACAUUGGUAUAUAUGUGGCAGAUCAUUGGAUUCAGUUUGAGCCAAUCAAAUUGCUUUAUCUUUAUCAUGACUGGCCACGCUGGUACCAGUUCAUCACAUCAACAUUUUGUCAUAUUAAUUGGAACCACCUUUCAAGCAACUUGUUUUUCUUGUAUAUUUUUGGCAAACUAGUUGAAGAGGAGGAAGGGGGUUUUGCACUUUGGCUUUCUUACUUGGUCACAGGAGCUGGAGCAAAUAUUGUUUCAUGGCUAAUCCUUCCCAGAACAAUAGUUUCUGUUGGAGCAUCGGGUGCUGUCUUUGGGCUAUUUGCUAUUAGUGUGCUUGUCAAGAUCAGUUGGGAUUGGCGAAAGAUUCUAGAAGUACUUGUUCUUGGACAGUUUGUUAUUGAAAAGGGUCUCCCGUACAUGAGAGAGCACACAGCGGGACACAUUCUUCGCACUUUGCGAGACCAGAUUCCACGGCUGACUCAGUCAGGGAGAGACACCUUAUCGAUAGUAGGAUUGUGGUACAUGAUUCUUAUGCCGGCCAUUCGAUUUCAUCUUGCGAUGCUGAUGGCACUGAUGGAGAGAUGGGAUCCUGACACCUGUACCUUUCACCUUCCGGUAGGAGAGCUGACGGUCACACUCGAGGAUGUGUACCGUAUACUGCGUCUUCCUAUCAGAGGAGCGACAGUCACAUAUGCGACUGAUCGGGUAGCAGAGGAUCAUCAGAGGGAGCAGAUGUACUGCAUAGGGAGAGUCAUGCCGAGCGAGACGAGAGGUCGUAUCAUGGUCAGCUGGCUCUUACAUCCUACAGGAGAGAUACCACUUCUGAGACGCCUCAUGAUAGCCAUCAUAGCACUAGCCGUCUGCCCUAAUGGGCGAGGGACACACAUGCAUGGGGGCCUCACAUGGUGUAUCAGAGGGAUGGAGAGACAUAGGAGAGUUUAUGCAUGGGGUCGGAGUAUGCUUGCACAUCUCUAUCACGACCUUGAGGAGUAUGUAUUCGGACAGGGUUGCAGUUUGAUGACAUGCACACUUCUGCAGGUGUGGAUCUUAGAGCACUUCACAUGCACCAGGCCCGUCGGCUAUCCACUGAGUAUAGCGAGCGAGCGACCUAGGGUGUUCGCUUAUCCACUGACCAGCGAGUGGAGAUUUGGGGAUUUGUUGUAUUGGAGAGUGACUAUUGAUAGACUGACAGCCGAGGUGACAGUGUGGAGACCUUACCUACGGAUGCACAGAUGGGAUGGUAUGGAGAGACAGUUAGCAUGUCUACAGAGGAACCGCCUAUUGCGAGGACGAUAUGCACACAUCAUAGUCCCUUUCUACUUUGACCGAGUACGGAGGCAGUUCGGACUAGAGCAGUGUGUUCCAGCCGAUGUGCCCAUCUAUACUCGACACUCACGGGUCCUUCCCAGACCUAGAGCAGUAGCGAGACCGACGGUGGAUGAUAUCGAGACGACAGACUUAGAGGGAUCAGAUCAGGAUGUAGUCACUGACUAUUCUGCAGAGCUUGGAGCACAGCGUAGAUAUGUUUCAUGGUUCAUGAGAUCAUAUCCAGGUCCUAUCUUUCCACCAGAUCAUCCGACAGGCUAUCCAGGCCCAUGGAGACAUGGAGACCGAGACGAGGAUGAGGGAUCCAUGUCAGAGGAGCCAGAUGAGGGAGAGGGUCAUGAGGAGGCGGGAGAUCCUGAUCCACCUACAGGCGAUCAGCCCAGUGACGAGGAGGAGGAGGAGGAGGAGGAGGAUGCAGAUAGAGAGGAGGACGAGGAGGAUGCAGGUGAUGAUGCGGAUGAGGAUGAGGAUGAUGAGGAGGACGAUAGAGAUGAUGAGGAGGAUGAUAGAGAUGAUGAGGAGGAGUCGGAUGCAGCUCCCCACCAUUCAGGAGACGAUACCAUAGCUCUGGAUCCACCUUUUAUUCCCCAACAGGGAGAACAAGAGGCGAUACGGAGACCUGUCACCAGUACCGUCCAGCCUACACCCAUCGUGAAUAGAGUAUUCGAGCGAGGGGAGCCUAGCGGUUCCCAGUCACAGAUGCUACCAUAUCAUGAUCCCUACUGGCGCGAGGGAGAUCCAGCUAAUGUGUAGGAAUGGCGUUCCUUGAUUCAGCACGCAAUGACAGACAUCUCCAUGAUAGCACAGAUCCCUAGUUCCUCACAGAUUGCCUACAGGCCUCAGGGGAACGCGGGUCGGCAUGAGGAUUUGUUUUUCCC